AUGAGUUCCACAGACAUAUUUCACUCCAAGAGCGAUCGCCACUUGCCCAACAGCGCCUUCAUCACCGUUUUCGGAGUUUUGAUGAUUGUCACCGCCCCUCUCUUCGUCCGAGUCUAUGGUGAAUUGGAGUUUCGUUUUUCUAUGUUGAAGAUCAUGCUCAUUAUCGGCAUCAACAUUAUGGCUCUCGUGAUCACUUGUGGCGGAGCCCCUAACCACACCGCGAUUGGCUUUAGCUAUUGGAGCAACCCCGGGCCUUUUGUCCAGUACAUUGGCGUUUCGGAUCUCUGGGACGCUACCUGGGGUCCUGGAGGACGUUCAACAAUGCUCUCUAUCACUAAUUCUAAGCCCGUGCUAACAUCUACUCACUGA